AGACACUCCUCAGCAAAACGAAAGAUCGAAGUAAAUACAACAGAGAUCGAACAAAAACUGAUGAACAUCCCCGACGCGAGUAUUUUUGAGAUCUGUCAAAAUUUCUUCAUCAACGAUCCCGAGCCAGUUGCACAGUCCUUGAAAACAAUGAAAAAGGUGUUGCUCGAGAUUAGAAAUGGAAGUAACGAAUUGACGUCCCGUGUGUACGACAUCAUCGUACAAACCAAUUCAGUGGCCAGACUUCUUCUACUGUUACAAGGAAAUAUAUCGGAAGAGGCGAAAACAAACAUCUUUUUCAUUUUAAUUGAUGUCAGUUGUGGUGAUGCGUCACAGGUCAAUGCACUGUUCAAAGCAAAUGCGGUUGACCUUAUUCUUCCAUUUCUUGCAGACCCAACUUUGUGCCAAGAGGCGCUGUUUUUGCUUUCGAAUUUGGCGGCAGACAAUUCUCGAAAUAGAGACAUCGUGUUUUCAAAAACUAGAGACUUGUUGAGGACUGGUUUGGGUAAUAUGGUUGUAUCCCCACCGCCAAACUUGCUCUCUUUAAUUUUAAAUUUCUGCUCAAACGCCCCGCCAAUCAAUAUAUCAUUGUUUUCGGAAUUCAUCAAUUUUAUGUUUGAGAUUGUGAGGGGAAACGAUUCCAAAUCGAUCACCUUGGUGCUUCAAGGAUUUUAUGGGUUGAUACAAAGUGAUGAAUACUUCAAGUACCUUCUCAACCCGCUCCUUCCGGUGAUACUUAAAACAGUAAGUAGUUCCAAUGAGGAACUUUUCACACAAACGAUGUUCUUAGCAACUUUAAUUGCUGAGCACUCGUCUGAAACGUGUGGGUUACUUGUCUCUUCGGGUUUUGUUGGGGCUGUUUCUAAAAUGCUUGCUAUACACAAACUAACCGUCGAUGUCGCUCAGUUUUUCAGGACAAUUCUUAAAGGUUCUGACCAAACCUUUGCCAUUUCUUUCAUGGGCACUGAGUUGUGGAAGGACAUUGUAGCUGCUAUUCAAGAAGAGCACGAUAAACGAACGGUCUUGGAGUGUGGUGUUCUCGUGGUCGAGACGAUUUUAAGUGUUGACAACGACAAAGCUGCUCGGUAUGUCGACGACCACAUGGUUUUUGAUGGUCUCAGUCGGUUAUUGACUUUUGUUUUCGAUGGAGGUGAUGUUCUUGUAGAUCUUCUUCUUCGUUUUGUUGAAAAGGUGAUUAGUAUUGGGGACGAGAGUCGUCGUAUGAAUUCUGGGAAUAAUUGGUGUAUUGAUAUGCUUGAAGAGUCAAAUUGUUUAGGUCUUAUCGAAGGCCUUUUAGAUCGAAACGACCUUUCGGUUGAAACUGGCGAAAAAUUGGAGGAGAUUGUUGAACUACUGUGCAGUGAUAAAAGUGACGACCAAGAUUGA